AGUGCAAUAAAAUAAUAAUUUCGUGUUUUUUUUUUCAUAAUUUAAUAAAUCCAAAAGAAAAUCAUCAAAUAAAAUGGGUUCACCUGAAUUACCUGGUGAAUCGAAUGAAGAUGAUCUCCGUCCAAGUCCAAUGCAUAUAAUAAAUCAAGGUGGAAAUAAUAGUGAUGAUAGCGAUGGCGAAGAUGGCAACGAAUACGAUGGUUACCAGCCACUUCCCAUCACCGACCAAGGUGAUGACUCAAUGGAAAUUGAUAACAAUUUAUCAGAGCCAAUAACUAAUGGAGAUCCAAACUUCCCAAAUGUUGAAAGUAUUGAUGCUGAGGUUGAAAGAGAAGUAUGGAGUCAACCACGUCCCCGAGAACUAGAUCUUGAAUUGGAUAGUUCUAGGACAGAACAGAUAAUGUCUGCAAUGGCUGGUAUCACCUUACCAGAUGUUGCAAUACCCGAUUGGGCACAAGGUGUGCCCGAGGAACGAUGGAAGGAAGACCUCCUCGAAAGGAUACGACAGCGCAAAGAUAUCUCACCAAAUACAAACACAACAACUCGUAGAACAUCAUAAGUAGUUUUUUAUUCACAAUAUUAUGAGUGUCCAUCUCACAGAAGCCAACUGUUCCGAAUAAUAACAAAGUGUUAAUAAGUCCCCAUAAGUGUUACAAUUAAAAUAAAAUAUUUAACAUAAA